AUGGCAUCUAGCUAUCCAGUUCUCCCAGAGAAGCUACUUCUCAUCUCUUUGAAGAUGUACUUCACCCCAGACCGCACACUCACCUAUCUCCGGGACCUGCUCAACCCAUCCAACGAGAUUGUGCACCCCGAAAACCGGGAUAAGCUCCUCCUAGCUCUAAUCCCCGACUUCCUGACCAUCUGGCCCUGCGCGCAAAUUCUCAAAGAAUACGAAGCCCAGCUCACCAGCACCGGGAUCUCCACAUCCCCAUCCCCCUUCCUCCUAGGAGCCCAAGACUGCUUCUGGGAGCCCCAAGGCGCAUACACAGGCGAGGUAUCACCCACCUCAAUCCACGCCCUGGGCUGCUCAAUCGUCGAACUCGGCCACGCCGAGCGACGCGCCAUCUUCGGCGAGUCAGAUGAGCAAACCGCGCGCAAAGCCGCCGCAACUUGCGCACAGCACAUGGUGCCACUCGUCUGCGUCGGCGAGGUGACUGCGCCCGGCGCUGUCGCCUCCGAAGCCGUCGGCCAGGCUGUCUCUGAGUGCGCCGUGCUGGUCCGCGCCGUGCUGGCUGCUAUCCCUGCCGACGCGCCCGUGAUCUUCGCCUACGAGCCUGUCUGGGCCAUUGGCCAGCCCAGGCCUGCGGGCGUCGACCACGUCGCGGCCGUUGUGCAGGGCAUUCGCGCUGUUAUCGGCGCCCGGCCGGGCACUGCGCGUGUGCUGUACGGGGGCAGUGCGGGGCCUGGUCUUUGGGGUGCUGGAGGGCUUGGCCGGGCUGUUGAUGGGAUGUUUUUGGGCCGGUUUGCGCAUGAAAUUGACGGCGUGCGCAAGGUUGUUCGUGAGGUAGAGGAGACACUAGUGGUAUAA